UUGAGUUCCCAGAGUUCCUAUUGGGUCAAUGCGGGAGCUCCAAGAUGGCGGCAGCGGCGACCUGCGGCACCGGCACCGGGAGCACUGGAUCUAUGGUGGCGACAGCCAGCAAGAACAACGUCACCAGUUUCCAGAGGAGGAGUCCUAGGGCUAGUGGUAUCGACAGCACCUCUUCUCGACUGGUAUCUAUCGCGGGCACCCGACCGUCUCUGCGGAAUGGGCAACUGUUAGUAUCAACUGGGCUCCCAGCCCUGGACCAGCUUUUAGGUGGAGGUUUGGCUGUUGGAACAGUUCUUCUAAUUGAAGAGGAUAAAUAUAAUAUUUAUUCUCCUUUGCUCUUCAAGUACUUCCUGGCAGAAGGAAUUAUCAGUGGGCAUAAUUUGUUGAUUGCAUCAGCAAACGAAGACCCUACUGACAUUGUACAGGAGCUUCCUGCACCGUUACUUGACGAUAAUUGUGAAAAAGAAUUUGGUGAAGAUGUAUGUAGUCAUAAAACACCAGAAUCUAACAUUAAGCUGAAAAUUGCCUGGCGUUACCAGUUAUUACCUGAGAUGGAGGCUAGACCAGUGUCAUCAUCAAGAUUUGGCCACUAUUAUGAUGUAUCAAAAAAGAUACCACAAGAACUAAUUGAGGCUUCAAAAUGGCAUGGAUUUUUUCUUCCAGAAAAAAUAUCAGCUCUUAACAUAGAACCCUGCUCUUUGACCCAUGGCUAUGUAAAGCUGCUUCAGUUUAUCCAGAACAUCAUUUAUGAGGAAGGAUUUGAUGGAUCCAAUCCCCAGGUAAAAAAACAGAAAAACAUUUUAAGAAUAGGAAUCCAGAAUCUUGGUUCACCUUUGUGGGGAGAUGACAUUUGCUGUACAGAAAGUGGUGACAACAGUCACAGCCUUACAAAGUUCCUCUAUGUCCUCCGUGGUCUUCUGCGGACCUCUCUUUCAGCCUGUAUCAUCACAAUGCCAACACAUCUUAUCCAGAAUAAAGCAAUUCUUGCUCGUGUUACAAAUUUGUCAGAUACGGUAGUUGGUUUGGAAUCAUUUAUUGGUUCUGAGAGAGAAAUCAACCCAUUAUAUAAGGAUUAUCAUGGUUUGAUUCAUAUUCGGCAGAUUCCUCGGCUUAAUAACUUGAUUUGUGAUGUGUCAGAUGUCAGAGACUUAGCUUUUAAAUUAAAAAGGAAGCUCUUCACCAUUGAGCGACUGCAUUUGCCUCCAGACUUGUCAGACACAGUGAGCCGCUCAAGCAAACAGGAUCUGGCAGAAACCGCCAAGCUGCUGGGCCCAGGCUGUGGCAUGAUGGCCGGAGGCAAGAAGCACCUGGACUUCUAGCGAUUCCUCCUUAGUCGUUGCAUGCAAAAUUAUAUGACACUCUAAUUAUGAUUGCUAAUAGCUUAUGUAAAUAUUUUUCUUAACAAUUUGACCCUCCAAUCCUUGAAAAACACAGGAUUGCAGAAUGAGGCCACUGCUCUUCAAUUUUUAAAACCAACUUUUUACACAGAAGUAGUACAGCAGAAAUGCUUUCAUUUUAAAAUUGUUUUGUGCUAUAUCUAGAGAAAACACAUAAUCUUCUUUUCAAAUAAUGCAAAUAAAAUGUAAAAGAUUCAAACUGCCUUAUAGCAGUAAUCGGUGUAUGUGUAUAAAGGCACUUAGUUCAAGGUAAAGCAGUCUUUCACAGCAAGUAGCAUAUAAAACAUUAGAAAUUCAAAGUUGUAUGAAAAAAACACAUUUUCUCCCCGUUUCUGAAAAAGGUCACUUGCUGCCAAAAAUACAAAGGUUUUUUUAAAUUAAAAAUUCAUUUGCUAAUAUAUAAAGACUGUAAUCAAAUGAAUUUGCCUUUAUGCAUCCAUACUAAAUUGAUGGAGACAAAAUAAUAUUUUGGGAUUGAGACUACAGUAAAGAUAACUAGUCAGCAUAGCAGUUACUAAAUAUAAAGAACUCAAGUGAUAGAAAGCAUGGAAAAAGAAGUUGGUGGUCUUCUGUUUAAUAAUCCUAAACAACUCAAGUCAGCACUAUGAAAUUAUGUCAACAGACAUAAUUCAGGAUUGAAAUUCAGACUGACAGCUGUGUUAACACUAGGAUACUGGGAAGAAAACAAGCAUUGAAGCUUGGCGAGAGAUUUUUUUACAGAACUUAGGUCUGAGACAAAGUAGAAAACUGAGGCUCACUCAGAUUUCCGCUGUAUCGUGUAAACCCUUUGUUAAUUAUGAACUUUGGUUGGUAUGUAUAUUUAUAACUUAUACACACGUCUAUGGGGGUAUAUAGCAUACUGAACCAGUUUUCCUAUAAAACACUAGGUUUUUAAUUGUAUAUAGUUCCAUAUUCUCAAAGCUUUGCACACAUAGCAAAAAGCAAAUAGUUAAAAAGUAACUUGCAUAUUUAAGUAAAGAGUCUAAUUUUUUAAAAAGCUGUGUAACAUAUGUUAGGAGAAAUUGAAUUUCCAAAAUACAUCUCAACUAUGUUAGAAUAAUUUGAAGCAGUUUUAACUAGCAUUUAAACAGUUUGCUUUAAAUAUACCACAAAUUAUACUUUAUUUGUUCUUGACAACAUUGUAGAAAACAAAGGCUAGGUUUUUUAAACUGUCUCACCAAUAUGAUGAAUGUCAGUCACUUAAAAAAAAACCCACUGUAGCAUAAACACAUACUGUAUACAGCUUUUAUUCAGAAUUAGAAUAAUUGAAUCAAUGACAGUGAUUUGCCAGGAUGUCAAAUCUCUCCAUCAUAUCCUGUCACUACCAGUUUAUUUUUUGUGAUCAAAAUCAAAAAGACAACUAUUUUGUCACCCGCUAUUUCAUUAGUACUAAAAAUCAGGUUUCUUCUAUUUUUUUAGAGUGUCUGGUUUAUUUUUUCCACUUCUUUUAAUUCGAAAGACACAAAUUCUUCCCCAUUUUCUUUUCAAAAUAAAGUUUCAGAAUUGAUCUGUCAGUUAAAAUUAAAGGGCUUUUAUAUUAAGCAAAGGUGCUUUUAAAAUUUAAAGCAACUUCAAAAAAUCAGCAUAGUCCAUAGAUAACAAAUAAUGUACAGAUACUCCACAAAAGCUUUGUUAUGUCCUUUGAAAGCAUUAUGAACAGUCUGAAUAACUUCAAAUGAAUAUUUUAGUAGGGUUAUUAUUUUAAUAACUCCCAACCUUUUUCUCACCGUGUUGUGAUUCAUUUUAUACAAACACACAACAGAACAAUUACAUAGCAUUUGACUCUGAAAAGGAAAUGUGAGGUCAUCAGAUAUGUAAAUUGCUUGUCAAAAAUACUUAAUAGGUCAUUGAUUUACUACCCUGGCUACCAAGUCUAUAAAAUUAACACCCCAUUACUAGUUAAUAGCUGCUUUACAAAUAGAUAAAUACUAUAAAAAUUGGAUGUGCAUAUUUGAACCCUUAUUUUAAAUAUAAAAGAAACUUAAAACUCAGUAAAAGUGCAUUUUGAAAAAUAAUAGUACCUGGGCUUUCCAAAAAUCAGAUCCAAGUGUUUUGUUGCUCUGAUUCACUAGGCAUCACUUAUUGUAAAAAUAAGCUACUGGAGAGGGAUGUGUAUUUUUUGUUUUCCUCCCAUAAAAGCCCACACUAAAAAUAUGUUUUUUCCUUUUGAACAUCAUCAAAACAUCAUCAAUUAUCCAACUGCUAAUAACAUGAGGACAUCAUCAAUUAUCCAGCUGCUAAUAACUCACUACAUAAAAAAAUUGACUUUCAAUUGACUAUAGAACUACAGGCCAUUUUGAUACAUUAUGCAAUAUAUACUGUAUUAACACAUUUUCUCAGUUAUCAGCUUUUUGCAAAGAUACAAAUAUGAAGGUGACAAUGCCAAACAUAGUACUUGAAAUGUCCUCAUAUCUUUUAAAUGUUUCUAAAACUUCAAAGCCCUAUGUGGUAUUCACUUCUUAUGCUAGAUUUGCCUUUCUUUAACAUGAGGUAAAUAUUUUGACUGUUGCAUUCUACUCAGGUGCUGGACUUCCAAGACCUUCUCAAUUUCUUUUUAGCAGCCACUAAUUUUCACUUUUCCUUUCUUCCAUUUAUUCUUUAUCUCCACCUCCAAGAUCUGCAAAUACUAACACUAGACAAAAUAACUACUUCAAAAGGAGCAACACUCUCUUAUCAAUUCCCUAUCUUUAAAUUUUAAAGAAUCAGACACAAACAUACAAAAGGAAAGGGGGGGAACCCUAUUCAUUUGUUUAAACCUAUUAUGAAUGUCAUUUCUAAAACAUUGUGUAAUGUUUUCCAAAGAUAGGCACCAUCAAUGCCAUCAAAUUUAAGCAAUACUAACUCUAAGUACUUAGAGUUGAACUUUAAAACUGGGUAGUGAAGUCAUUUGUGACCAACGUAGGGAAAAAGAAUGAUGAGAUUUAUUCUUGAGAAACAUAAGAAUUUGUAUUUGGCCUUGGUGAGUCAAACAUACAGAGAAGAAAACAUUUUUGUUUUGUUUUGUUUUUUAAUCUUGUCAACAUUAAGGCCCAGAGCAAAAAGAAACAAGAGAAGAAUAUAGACAUCAUCUUAAGAUGACAAAAAUUCACAGAACAAGUUGAACCUUAAAAUUAUACUAUAUAAAUGAAUGUUAGGAAACCUAGUUAUGAAUUUCUUUUUAAGUGGGAAGAAAUGAUUGUGAGUCAUAAGAGGAAGCCAAGUUGCAUACCAUUUAAGAGUUAGGAGGUACAGCUUUGGGGGAAAAAUAUUCUGGAAAUUUCAUUAUAGUAAGAAGCAUUUGUUUAACUGAGAGUAAUCUGAAUGUUUCUUACUCAGACAUUCAGCUCCAAUUCUGUUCCCCUGGUCUCUGUAAGUCAUUAAGUUUGGAGAAAAAUCAUAGGCUAUUUAUUAGUCUUGUGAUUCUACUGAGGACAUCACAGAUAGAUGGUCACCAUCAUAGAAAAUCACAUCAAAGCAUCCCUGCAGAGUCCCCACUGGUAAAUAUAUAUCUAUCAGUAAAUAAACACAAAUAAAUUAUUUCAGCAGUGAGUAAAAGGCCACCUCCUGGGCACUGCCUCUGCACAGUGUCACGCUGUCCCUGGGAGAGGCCCUGGAGCACCAUUCAGAAGGAAGCGCCCCUCCCUAAGGCAAGGGCAGAAGGCGAGGCAGCCGGUCCAUCCUGCAAGACCAGAGGGCUUCUGCAGCUGAGCAGCCGCUCUUCAGGCUCAAGCGGACUGUGCCACAGUGCCCUGGCAGUGCUGACUCUCAGAGGGCAUGUACACAUACCCAAGUGCACAUACACAGACCAUCCACUUCCACAACACUCCCCCCAUUCCCAGGUCCUGCUCCCAAAGUGCCACACCCAGUUCUCCAAUGUCUGUGCCUCUACACAAUAGAGCCCUGGGCCAGCACUAGCUGCCUGACCGCGGCCCAAAUCAGAGCCAGUUGGAAAUUCCCUUCUUGGGGGGAAAAGUCAGCCAGCCAGCAGCUGCAGCACACACUGCACAUAGCCCUUCUGUGAUAGUUCCCCAGGCACACAUCCCUCAGGGACUGUAGGCUGCAAAAUGUCAGGAGGUAAAAAUAUCUGCAUGGGUAACUGUACUGACAGUACAUAUGUGUGCACACUCUGCAAAGCAUGCAAGCAUACAGUGCAGACGCAUUAAAUAAAACACGCAAACACAGGAAAACUGUAAUCAGCCUAGGAAGGUGUCUCUAAAUGUGCAGCAGUUCUGAUGGAAUAAAAUUAUGAGUAUCAGCAUGCCAGAGAGAUGGUUCACAAUUAUUUGUUCACAAGUAAUUCCUUAAUUAGAAAAUAGAUGUUGAGCUAGAAAGUUAAUUUUCAUGGCUUCCAAUUAUUUUCUGUAUUUCUGAUCAUUUGCCUUUAGGACUUAACCCACCCCAUCCGCCCACCCCCCCAAAAAAAGAGCAGAGUACAAUUCCGUGGAAGUGUGUCUUUGUCCCCAGAGGUGUCUGCCUGUGCAAGCAUUUACUCUCGACUGCUCCUACCCCUAGCCAUUGACUGAAGUUUGCAGAAGAAAACUUCUAUGUUGACUUACAUGUUGUACAGACAGACAGAAAAAAAAGUCUCAGACAGGCCUUUUUUACCCAACAAAAGCUUAUUUUUUUCCAUUCUUUACUUGGGCUCAAGCACUCCUGCCCUGCGUGCCGCCACUUUAAACAUGAUCAGAUCUGUGCUUCAUUGCAAAUAACAACUGACCAACAAUAGGCCCUGCUUCAUAGAUUUGGGGAUGUUUGGCUUAAGCUGCCAAUGACUGAAGGCCUUAACUCCCACCGGCCAGUCACAGGCCGCUUUGUUGUUGUCUGUUGAUGUGUCUGUGCUCAUUAUUCCUUGACAUGCAACAUCCCCCCUCCACCCUCCAACCAUCCACACCGCACAGAAAGCGAGAUUCAAAUGGGAACAGCUGUAGUGGUUCAAUGGGAAAUGAUGCCUCUUGUGCAAAGGGGAGGGAGAGAGAAAAGGGAGAGGGCCUAUUUGAGAAAGAGAACAGCUUUCAGAGUCUUGUAUAAGAAAUCUACUUUUGAAUAUACUUCAGGGAAAUCGCUGUUGAAAUAGGCUGACAAUGGAAAUCUGCCCAGAUUGAAAAUGCCAACCCUAAUUCAAAAGACAAUUCCUAGUUAAUAGCUUGUUGCAUUUUUUAAUUAUUUCUAGACUUUGAGCUUUUGAAUUAAACAGCUUUCUGGGAAAUGUUACCAUUUUGUAUAUAUGUUUGUGGGUAUAAAUGGGCACAGGUCUAUACACAGCUUUAAGCAGAAUUUUUAUCCUAAUAUUUCUGAUUUAUGAAACAGGGAAUUCUUUAAGGAUCAUCAGGAUUUUAAAUAGACUAUGUAUGAAAGUAACCAUUGCUUUAGGAUGUUCAUCUAACAUGGAAACAAAAUUUGUAACACCACACUAUAAGGUUAAAAAGCAAAUAGUAUAAUAAAGGAAAUACAAAGGC